UUCAUAUACUGUCACGGAAAACUGCUCGAGGCUGUCAACAGGCACAGUAUCUACGCUGACUCAAAGACCUUCGUCGAUAUGCCGAUGCGGUUCAGUCCACAGAAUACUCAUCGAGAGUUCAUCAGACGUUUCGGUAAUGAGAGCGUUGACGAGAUUGACGCUAGGAAACUGCGCAAAUUUCUCUUGGAGCAUUUCACUGAACCGGGAAGUGAAUUGGAGACGUGUGAGCCGAGUGACUGGCAUCAUGAACCAAUCAAAUUGAUCAGGAUCAACGAUGUGGACUUGAGGAACUGGGCAAUGAGACUAAAUGAAAUGUGGUUGCAGCUGUGCAGAAAGAUGAAAAAAGAAGUGGAUGGUGAUGAUCGUCAUUCGUUGAUUUACGUUCCGAAUGAAUUCAUUGUACCGGGUGGACGAUUCCGAGAGUAUUACUAUUGGGACACGUAUUGGACUGUAAAAGGUCUAGUGGCAUCCGGUAUGCUCAACACGGUCAAAUCGAUGAUACGCAACUUCGAAAGUAUUGUUGACAGGUAUGGAUUCAUUCCGAACGGUGGCCGAGUCUACUAUCUGGGACGUUCCCAGCCACCAAUGUUCAUACCGAUCGUCUACGAGUACUUCGAACAAACCAAAGAUGUACAAUUCUUAAAGUCAAUUCUACCAGCUCUUCUUAAAGAGUUUCGAUUCUGGAAUGAAAACAGGCUAGCAAACGUUACCGGACAAGACGGCCGUACCCAUCAAGUGUACCAGUAUCGAAGCGAAACAAACGUGCCAAGACCCGAGUCGUUUCGAGAGGAUUUCAACAACGCCGCUAAACUGCCACCUUCGCAAAGAAGCAAAUUCUAUCAAGUACACAAGAAUUAA